AUGAAAGUAAGUGUGCCAGAAAAACAAGAUAGGGCUGACCGAGGCGUGACUCGGCCUCUGUUGGCUUUUGCGUUAGGUUUACUCGAAACCGAAAACUUUUCUGGAUUGCGACUUUUAACUGAUCCAAUUUCAUAUGAACAUGCAAAUUACAUAACUGAGGAAGCAUCUUAA